CUGUGGUGCAAAGGAAGAAGGCAGAAGUGGACUAAGAACAUCAGUGGCAGAUGUUUUUUUUCCCCCGUUUCCCUUCUCUGCCAGGUACACCUACGGAAAGCCUGUCCCGGGUACAGUCCAAGUCUCUUUGUGUCGGACAACAUAUACCUGGUACAUGGACAGGACAGGGUCAGAGCCCACAGACAUCUGCCAGAAUGUCACAGGCCAGACUGAUAAGACCGGUUGUUUCUCAGCCUCCGUGGACUUGGCAUUCUUCAGCCUUGUCAGCCCUGGGUUCAGCCACAGUAUAAAUGUGGUAGCCACUUUGGUGGAAGCUGGAACAGGCGUGGAGGCAAACGCUACCCAUGUUGCGUUUAUGUCUGAGGAAGCUGGGUCAAUGAGCUUUGAGGAUUCAGACAAUUACUACCACCCGGGGUACCCCUACAGCGGGAAGAUCAAGGCCCUGGACCGAGAAGGCUCCAUAUUGAAGAAGCAGCCCAUUUUCUUGGUUAUUAAUGCUGGGAACACCCAGUCCCACCAAAAUCUCACCACCAAUAGCGCCGGGGUGGCUACUUUCACUUUGGACACAGCUACAUGGAAUAGAAGUGAGGUCUUUCUGGAGGGAAGGUUCAGGCUUCCGGAUCUGGUGUCUGACUCUACAAGGAUCAGUCAGUAUUACCUGAAUGCUUUCCUCCACCUGAAGCCAUUCUACAGCACCACCAAGAGCUACCUCAAAAUCCAGCGGCUGCCAGGGGUGCUGCCCUGCGGCCAGAAGCAGGUGGUCCGGGUGGAUUACAGCAUUGACCGAAUAGAUCUGCGAGGCAAAGCCAGAGAAAUCCUCUUCUCCUUCUAUGUGGUGGGGAAGCAGAAGCUCAUCAGGGAUGGUCAGAAACGUGUCGACAUCAAGAAGAAUGGUGGGCUGAUGGGCUCUUUCUCCAUCCCUCUCACCUUCACCUCCUACUUUGCUCCCAACCCCUCUUUGGUGGUUUAUGCCAUGUUCCCUGAUGGGGGAGUUGUUGCUGACAAAGUCCAGUUCACAGUCUCCAUGUGCUUCAAGAAUGAGGUCAACCUGGAGUUCUUGCAGCAGCAGGACCUGCCAGGGGCAACUGUGAAUCUCCAGCUGAGGGCGGCUCCCAACUCGCUGUGUGCCAUCCGAGCUGUGGACCAGAGCGUCCUACUCCUGAGGCCAGAGAGGGAGCUCUCCAACAGCAGUGUGUAUGGGAUGUUCGAUUUCUCAAAUGGAGGUUACCCCUAUCAAGUUGAUGAAUACGAUGACUGCUAUAUAACAAGGCCAUUUCCAGUGCCUGUCCUCAACCCUAUGCCAGUGGACCGCAGAAGACGUUCCAUCAUACCGAGACCUUGGUUUGACCAAGGGGCUGACUUCUUUAGCUUCCUAAAAGAGAUGGGACUGAAAAUUUUAUCAAAUGGCAAAAUAAAGAGACCACUGGAUUGUCAUCCCUAUGACACGGAACAUAAUAUAACGGGGGCACCCAGGCCACCCCCUAUUAUGGAAGAUUCAGGACGUGUCCCUACAGCGGAGUUUCAGCCUCCAUCAGUGGAGAAAUCCAGUGAGUCCCAAGUCCGUGAGUUUUUCCCUGAGACCUGGAUCUGGGAGCUGUAUCCCAUUGAAAGUUCAGGUAACAAGCAGGUCCCAGUCACUCUCCCUGACACCAUCACGGAAUGGAAAGCCAGCAUGUUCUGUACCUCAGAGAGCAGCGGCUUUGGGAUCUCGCCUACGGUGGGGCUGACGGCCUUCAAACCUUUCUUCGUGGACUUGACCUUACCCUACUCUGUGAUCCGCGGGGAAUCGUUUACACUGACUGCCACUGUCUUCAACUACCUGAAACAGUGCAUAAGGAUCCAGAUUACGCUGGCCAAGUCAGAGGAGUACCAGGUGAAGUUGUGUAAGGGCUGUGAAUACACCAGCUGUCUGUGUGCUGAUGAAGCCAGGACCUAUUACUGGAAUGUAACAGCCACCAAACUGGGUGAGGUGAACUUCACUGUCACCACAGUGGCACUGCCCAGCAGAGAGCUCUGUGCUGGUAGGAAAGUGACGGUGCCGAAUAAGGGCCGCAGUGACACCUUGAUCAAGCCUCUCCUCGUCCGGCCAGAGGGCGUCCUGAUGGAGAAGUCUCACAGUUCCCUGCUCUGCCCAGAAGGGAAUUCUGCCUCAGACUCAGUCUCCCUGCAGCUCCCUGAGAACAUGGUGCUGGAUUCAGCCAGGGCCCAAGUGUCUGUGCUGGGUGACAUCAUGGGGACAGCGCUGCAGAACCUGGACCAGCUGGUGCAGAUGCCCAGCGGCUGCGGGGAGCAGAACAUGGUGCUGUUCGCCCCCAUCAUCUACGUGCUGCAGUAUCUGGAGAAGACGGGGCAGCUGAGUGAGGAGUUGAAGACAAGAGCUGUAGGUUUCCUGCAAACAGGGUACCAGAGGCAACUUCAAUACAAACACAGAGAUGGUUCCUACAGUGCCUUUGGAGAGAGCGAUGGAGAAGGCAACACAUGGCUGACUGCAUUCGUGACCAAAUGCUUCAUUCAAGCCAAGCAGCGCAUCUUCCUAGAUGACAAGAACAUUGAGGAUGCUCUGCAGUGGAUAGCAGGGAACCAGCAGGCCAAUGGCUGCUAUGCCAAUGUGGGGAAACUCUUCCACACGGCAAUGAAGGGUGGGAUAAAUGACGACAUCUCUCUGGCUGCUUACAUCACUGGUGCACUGCUGGAGGCAGGAAAGCCACUCGAUGACCCAAUGGUGAAGAACGGUUUGCAGUGCUUCAGAAAUGCUUCCUCCAAAGCCACUGAUCUCUACACCCAGGCACUGCUGGCGUAUGUCUACUCGCUGGCUGGAGACACCGUGACAAGGCAAUUACUGCUCACCAAGCUGGACCAGCAGGCCAUCAAGUCAGGAGGGCAGAUACACUGGAGCAGGAAACCAGCCCAGCCUCCCAUUGAGUACAGCUGGUCCCAGCCCAAGUCUGUGGAUGUGGAGUUAACCGCCUAUGUGUUACUGGCUCUGCUCGCUACCGAAAAAGUGUCCAAGGAAGAGAUUGCUUCUGCCACUGGCAUUGUGGCAUGGCUGGCCAGGCAGCAGAAUGCCUAUGGGGGCUUUGCCUCUACCCAGGACACUGUGGUUGCUCUCCAAGCUCUUGCUAGAUAUGGAGCAGUGACAUUCAUCAAAUCCGGAAACGUCUCUGUGACAGUGAAAUCAGGAAAGAACUUUCAGCAGUCCUUCCUUGUGGAGGCCACCAACCGACUGGUGCUGCAGCAGCGGCCUCUCCCUGACAUUCCUGAAAACUACACCAUACAAGCCGCUGGCACAGGCUGUGUGUAUGUGCAGACGGUUCUGAGGUAUAAUGUGCCUCCCUCAAAGAAUGCAGAGACCUUCACUCUGAGCGUGAGAGUAGGAGAGAACAAGUGUGAGAAGCAAACACUCCCUCGCUUCCUGUCCCUCAGCAUCAGCGUCAGUUAUGUGGGGAGCCGUGGCACCUCCAACAUGGUCAUUAUCAAGGUGAAGAGCCUGUCUGGAUUCGAGCCUGUCCGGGGCACCAACUACUUUCUCCAGCAGCAGCCGUUUGUGAAGAGAGUGGAGACUGGGGCUGAGGAUCUCACCAUCUAUCUGGAUCAGCUGAGUAAGGAAACUCAGACAUACUCCUUCACCAUGAGCCAACACAUUCCAGUGAGGGAUCUGAAGCCAGCUGCAGUCAAAGUCUAUGAUUACUACCAGCCAGAUGAGCAGGCGACGGUGGAAUACGCAGAUCCAUGCCAGUGAGGGGAUGAGAUAGACACACCUUGUCCCUGGUGUAAUUCACAGGAAUUCCUGGUUCUUCCAUUGCACUUAACUUAUGAGCCAAGAGGGAAGAGAAUCUCUAUCUACACUGCUCACAUGCAGCUCCACAAUGCAUCAAUUAAACCUCUCAUCGAUCCAGUAAGGGGGUGGGGAAGGAAGAGGUUAUAGGGUGAAUAGAAGAAACCUUCAUUCCUCUCUGUGUAGAAAGAAAAGGAGAAGGGCUGAGUGCCACACAGAAGGCAAUCUCAAGGGAAUACAAAGGGGGCCUGGGCCAGUUGAGAGCUAGGUAACCCCCUUUAACAUUCUCCUAGAGAGAGGGUGGUGGGAGGCUACAAAAAGAGGAAUCUGGGGGAUGCACCCAAAGGGAGAAUGCAGGGCAGUUAAUGUUUGGGUACUGGGUUGAUGAAGCUAGUGGGAGGGCUAGGAAAUACCUACUGAGAAUUACAGCGUGAUGGAUGUAGGGUUAGUUUGCUAGGAGGGGUCAAUCUCAUAUCAUGGGGCUAUGUUCAUAUAAUCGAUUUACAUAUUGAGAGUUGUUAAUAAAUUGCAGUUUUGGAUGUC